GUCUUUUUCGCAGAAGCAGUGCUCACCAGACUUGACUAUGAAAGUCGUCGCCGAUCCGCAAUCUUCCUUCACCUACCAUGGUUACACCUCUGCUGUUCCUCUGCUUUACCGCAGUCGCCGUCGCCAGCAGCAACAAUCCAGUGGAGGAAUUCGCCGGCGAUGUUUCAAUCGACUGCGGCUCUGCCGGCAAUACGACGGCCGGCAACGGCCGACAAUGGCUGGGAGACGUCGAAAUUAACUCGCCUUCCCUUCUGCGAAUUGAAGGUUCCUCAACUACUUCAACUGCUCUUCGUAAGAAUUUGCUGAUUUCUGGUGAUGAUAGUGAUAGAGUUCCCUACAGAACUGCGAGGAUCUCUCGUUCCCAAUUCUCGUACGCAUUUGGAACGAAUCCAGGUCAGAAAAUUCUUCGAUUUCAUUUUAUUCCUGCUCCGUACAAGGAUUCUAAAGGAUUUGAGGAUUUGUUCAGUGUUGAAGUCGGUUAUUUCACACUGCUUCGUAAUUUCAGCGCUUCAUUAACUGCACAAGCCCUUGGUGUGAAUUCUAUUGUGAAGGAAUUCUGUUUAUAUAUCGGAGAUAAUGAAUUUGAUAUAGUUUUCUCUCCAUUGCUAAAUUCAUAUGCCUUCAUAAAUGGAAUUGAGAUUAUUUCUGUGCCCUCCAGUUUUUCUUAUUUUGGUGGUGGAGAUAAUGGCGUCCAAAUAGUUGGUCAGAAGUCUCUGGUGUCUGUUGAUUACAGCAUUGCUCUAGAAUUAAUAAAUAGACUAAGUGUUAGGCAGAUUAGUGAUCCAUCUAUGGAUGGUUUUGAUCACACAUACCCUGUGUGGGUAAAUCAGAAGUUCAGCGUGGUUAAAAACAACACCUGGAGAGUGCCGGUGGAUGUGGGAUUCAGGUACUUUGUCAGGCUUCAUUUCUCUGGGAUUGGUCUCAAAAUCAUGGGAUAUGAUGAUUUUCUGUUUAAAGUCCUUAUUAAUGAAAAGAUUGUUCAUAGUAAUGUUGAUAUUGUGAGUGAAAGGGAUGGGAAGAACAUUCCAAACUAUGUGGACUAUCUGGUAGUGAUGAGAGGGCAUAAAAAGCAGAGUAAAUGUGAUCUUGUAAUUAGUUUGCAUCUGUACGAUGAAUUCGUUGAUGGGAAUGGACUUGUUGCUGGAUUUGAGGUAUUUAAGAUGAGCAACAAUGGUGGCAUUCUCGCCAGUCCUAAUCCGUUACCGUUGCCUCCAGAUCAGGAUAAACCACACUUGCUUUAUGUUUAUUGGUAUGUUAUUACAAGUCUUGUGGUAAUAGUUUGUUCUUUGGUAAUUGUAGUCAGUAAACCAAAGAGUGAUAAACAACAAUUAUGUCAUCGUUUUUCAUUAUCUGAGAUCCAAUCAGCCACUAGAAACUUCAGCAAUGAGUUAUUGAUUGGAAAGGGUGGGUUUGGUCAAGUCUACAAAGGGACGAUUGAUAAUGGGAAAACUACUGUUGCGAUAAAGAGGCUGAAACCUGACUCCAGACAAGGUGCACAUGAGUUUCACAUUGAGAUUGAAACCCUUUCUGAGGUUCGACAUGAUAAUCUGGUUUCUCUAGUUGGUUAUUGUGAAGAAUAUAGAGAAAUGAUUCUUGUUUAUGAAUUUAUGGCCGGUGGAACACUAGCAAACCUCAAAUGGAACCGCUCCUCAUCUCUCACCUGGAGGGAACGCCUUAAUAUCUGCAUUGGAGCUGCUCGUGGACUGGAAUUUAUUCAUGGCAGCAUGGGAAUUAUACACGGUGAUAUAAAAACUUCGAACAUUUUGCUUGAUGAUUACUUGGUAGCAAAAAUUUCAGAUUUUGGCUUGGCCCAACAUGAGGACAGUAGCAAUCUAGAAACCCAUGUGAGCACAAGAGUUAGGGGCACUAUGGGGUACUUAGAUCCACAUUAUGUCCACACUCAUAGGUUAACAAAGAAAAGUGACAUUUAUGCCUUUGGGGUGGUGCUGUUGGAAGUAUUGUGUGGCAGAACAGCCUUUGAUUCAAGGCUUCCAGUAAAUGAGCAAAAUUUGACUAUAUGGGCUCGGGAGAACAUUAAUAGAGGUAAUGUUGAUCAGAUUGUGUCUCCAAGUCUGAGGAAUGAAGUCUCAGAAAACAGAGUAAGGGCUUUUGUAGCAGUUGCGGAAAGAUGCUUACACACUGAACCAGAGCAACGGCCAACAAUGGCUGAAGUUGUGGUGCAACUCAUUUCAGUGCUUGAGCUUCAGGAUACCCCCAGACCAUCAUUAGGAUUAAUUAUUCAAGAAGACAUUGGUGGACCAAUCAGGUUUGAUCGAGAUACAAUUGCAAUAGCCACCAAUGGAUUCUCGAUAUCAAAUCAAAUUGGGCAGGGUGGUUUUGGUACAGUUUACAAGGGAGUCUUGUAUACAGGACAGGAGAUUGCAGUGAAAAGGCUUUCGGGAGCUUCUAAUCAAAGAGACAAGGAGUUUAAUAACGAGAUUCGUUUGCUUUCCCGUCUCCGACACAAGAACAUCAUUAAGCUACUAGGCUAUUGUGAAGAAGAAAGACUAAUUGUAUAUGAAUUCAUGGAAAACAGAAGUAUGGAUCUUUAUAUAGGUCGUCCACCAACAUUAACUUAUCCGCAUCUUUUUUGGGCUGUGCGAUUCAACAUCAUAAAGGGGAUUGCUCGAGGGCUAGUAUACCUUCAUCAAGAUUGUGGGCUAUGUGUCGUUCGCAUAGAUCUCAAACUUCCAAACAUUUUGCUGGAUGCUGAUCUGAAUCCUAAAAUUUCUGAUAUGGCUUUGGCAAAAGUUGUUAAUGAAUAUGAAUCUGAGAUAUCGACUGUAAUUGCAGGGACCUUUGGUUAUCUGUGUCCAGGAUACUAUAUGGAAGGGAAAGUUUCCAUGAAAACGGAUGUGUACAGCUUUGGAAUCGUUGUCCUGGAGAUUGUGGCCGGCAGGCGAGUCAUUACUAGGAAUAACAACAGCGAUCCUAUAUCUCUUCUAAAUGAUGCUGAGAGGCUGUGGAAUGAAAGCAGGGAAUUAGAACUGGUGGAUGGAUCACUUGGGGAUGAAUUUACAGUGGAGGAAGUCGAAAGAUGCAUUCAGGUUGCGCUGUUAUGCGCACAACCCCGGCCACGCGACCGCCCAACUAUGUCUUCUGUGCUCCGAAUGUUGGAAGGAUACGAAGCAGUGUGGGAUCUUCCACAGCCACAGCGAUCCUUUUGAUGCAGUUUACUAAUUAUUAAUGUGACGACAAACAACACAUGACAUGGCAAAUUAAGGUACUGCUUUUUAACUU